AUGCAGUCAGGCAAGUACCGUUCUCCUGGCAACCUGCCAAACCCAGAAUCGUCCAUCAGACUGGCAGACAGAGAAAAGGAGGCAGCAAUCCAUCGCUCCAAGUUAAGAGAAGGUCCCUUUAAACUCAACCUUCACCCCAGAGAUUAUUUCCAAGGCAAUCCAUACCGCAAUGACAAGCCCCUCCCACCAGGACACACACCACUCCCACCUGCACAGAAAGCUUCUCCAGUUCCCUUCAAGCCACCUUCCCCCGGCAAGAAGAUUGGAGGAAUGAAAGCGGGGACAUUUGAUACUUAUCCCUUACAUUCUGCUGAUCCAUACGUCGUUCGCCAUUCCAAAUCAGCCAAUCAAGAGCCAAUUUUUCGUCCUGCUCCUGGUCCUAAGAGCACACCUGUCAAGAGUAUCAUCACAGUUAAUGUAAACAGGAAUGUGCACUCUGUUAACUACACCUCAACCAUUCCAACUGUGAUGACCUUCUGACUACAUUACCCAUGCUGCACCGGCAAUGUCUGACUCUUUACCUGCUGCAUAUUUUAUUUUUAUCUUUUUAUUUAUACAGUUUAAGGUUACAGAGACAGUGCACAUUAAUAAACAUCUCUGUAAAUGUGCCAGUUUAGCCAGCUUGGCUAAUGUUUGCCUUAAGUCCCUGGGCAGGUGUUAUCAUAACUACAUAAAAUGCACUAAAACAGGAACAACAGUACUUACAAGAACACGUAAAAGUCCUUCUCACAGUUAUUACACAAUCUCCUCUUGCUACAGACCUAGUGUGUCUAUUAUCAGUUGUUUUCUGCUUUAUAAAAGCAAUAAGGGGAGGGGGUGGAGUCAAGUCAUGCAAAAUCAAGACAACCAAUCUGUAAAUUUAAUAUGAUUGUCCCAGCUCAGUAAACUAUGAUUGUUUAGGCUGUAACAGUGGUGAUAAGUAUUUGGCUUUCUGUCAAGCACCUUGGAAGCCUGGUGGUAUACUAACCGCACAGGUUUGAGUGUUGCACAGGAAGCUCGUGCCCAACUAGUCAAAAAGUAUGACAAACAUACCAUAAUCCUGGCAUUAAAAUAUGCUGUUGCUGCCUUAGAAGUUAGACAGUUAGACAGUUAGUUUCUGAUAUGGCAAAAGUUCGACUGAUUUAACUUAACUGCAUUUAUUUCCUUCUUAGUUUGUUUUUUAAAUGUAAGAUUAGAAUCAAUUAUUAUACCAAGAUAUUUAAAAUCAGAAACCACAGUCAGCUUUUCCCCUGCAAUGUAAAUAUUGGGUGUGAGAUCAUCUGGAGACUUCUUCGUGAAGAACAUACAAGCUGUUUUCUUUAUGUUUAAAUUAGGUCUGUCAGCAUUAACGCGUUAAUCGCAAUGGGAUUAAGGACUGAUCAUAAUGCUUUGUAAUUAUGUUAAUCGCGUGUGUCAAAUAUUCUUAUUUUACACCAUCACUGGCGCUGUUACCAAAGAAUCCUUGCUAAAAAGAUCUUUGGCUGCUACUAUUCUGACCCUUCGAUGCACCUUUACUUGUUGUCAUGACAGACACUUCCUACCUCCUGCUGCAGCCAUGGAGAUGAACAACAACACAGUCCCAGACGGCUCCGUUGACAAGUCAAAAGCAGUAUGCACCUUGCGUGAAAAGGAAUUAAAAUAUCAUCAAAGCACUUCGAGUUUAAGCUAACGUUACCAUCAACGAGCUAAGCAUACAGCUAGUACAGCUAAUCAGGUUGAUGCUAGCCGACUGAGGCAAAGCACUAUUUUGGAGAGUGUAAGUUAUAUACAUUGUCGUUGCGGGGGACAAUUGUUGCACGCAUACAUAGCCUGUAUGAAACAGAGAAAGCUGUCAAACUGAAACUUCUACUUAAAGCAAGUGCUGUCUCAUUGGUUUCAACUGAAUUCAAAAAUAAUGUAGCAAUGGAGUAUUUUGUUUGUUAUGCACUUUAUAAUAAUGUGUGUACAUUUUGUACAUGCACUUUUGCUGUAGAAUUUUUGAAAGCAAGCUUAAGGAAGAGUAUAUUUUAUUUACAUUGAUUGUUUUACCUCAGUCUCGUUGCACAUCUUUUGAUUUGAAAUAAUCAAAUAAAUCUUAGUCAAGUUCAAAAACUAACUUUCUUUGCAUUAAUUUGAUUUCCAAUGAAGAUACACUGGCAAGAAUUGUUAUCAUUGUUA